AUGCAAUGGUCAUCACAUUUUUGUCGCCUAUAUUUAGCUGGUCGUUCAUCACCAUUUUGUAAUAUAAUUGUUAUGUCACUUGUUGGACGACCACUUUCAUGGUUACGACGUCAAAAUCCAUCACAACGUUUUACACUUUCAACAGCAAUACGUCUUGGUAUUCAAUGUCUUGAA